AUGAAAGUGUUUGUUGUUUGGAACCUGCGACAGGCCCAGACUCCUCUUGGUUUGGUUUAUGAGCUGCCUAAGGGAAAGAAGGCUAAGGGGAAGAAGGUGGCACCGGCCCCUUCUGUGGCCAAGAAGCACGAAGCCAAGAAAGUGGUCAACCCCCUAUUUGAGAAGAGGCCCAAGAACUUUGGCAUUGGUCAGGACAUCCAGCCCAAACGUGACCUGACACGCUUUGUGAAAUGGCCCCGUUACAUCAGGCUGCAACGUCAGCGUGCCAUCCUUUACAAACGCCUGAAGGUCCCACCUGCGAUCAACCAGUUCACCCAGGCCUUGGACCGCCAGACCGCAACACAGCUCUUUAAGCUGGCCCACAAGUACAGGCCUGAGACUAAGCAGGAGAAGAAGCAGAGGCAGCUUGCCCGUGCUGAGCAGAAGGCUGCAGGGAAAGGAGACGCCCCCACCAAAAGGCCCCCUGUCCUGCGUGCAGGUGUGAACACAGUUACCACUUUGGUGGAGAGUAAGAAGGCCCAGCUGGUUGUCAUUGCCCACGAUGUGGAUCCUAUUGAGCUGGUGGUGUUCCUGCCUGCUCUGUGCCGCAAGAUGGGUGUCCCCUACUGCAUCGUCAAGGGGAAGGCUAGACUCGGCCGCCUGGUACACAGAAAGACCUGCACCUCUGUGGCUUUCACACAGAUAAACCCAGAGGACAAAGGUGCCCUUGCUAAGCUGGUAGAAGCUAUCAAGACCAACUACAAUGACAGAUAUGAGGAGAUCCGUCGUCACUGGGGAGGUGGCAUCAUGGGCCCCAAGUCAACAGCCCGCAUUGCCAAGCUGGAAAAGGCCAAGGCCAAGGAACUGGCCACGAAGCUCGGCUGAGAAUGCAAUGCCUGUGCAUUUGUUUAUAUAAAAAUAAAAUUCCCCCAGACAAUGUA